AACAGACGGGAGAGAGUGUGAGCUGAUCGCAGGCUGCGAACAAAAGGCAGCGAGUGGGAAUGGGAGAGAGGCAGAGGAGCCACAACAUCUGAAAGUUUUAAACCUGUGAUCGCGGUAGGUGAUGCGAAGCAAGACUGGGGGUUCCUCCAACAUGUGGAAGCAAAACAAAUUCCACUUUAUGGACUGCUUAAGACAGAGACAGAUUUAGGUUUUGCCGUUGAGGGAAGGCAUUCUCCGUCAUGCUCUUAUUUGGGGAGGGUGGAAAUAUAAAGAUGAGAUAGAGGAAUUUUUUUUGAAGAUAUCAAACUAAGAGGUGAGCAACGACUGAAAUGCACUGGAUGUUUAAGCUGCAUGGGUCUCCCAGCGCAAAAUAUUCUUUUGGUGUUUAUGAAAGCUAAGACGUAGCGCCUUGGAAAAAUACUUCAAGAGUUGAAACGUCAACGGGGAACGUAAAUGUAAAACUGACCUUAGUCUCAGGAGCAGUGGACGCAGAAAACGACAAGAGUAUCAGCUGCCUGGGAAAUUGAGGACCCCUGCUGACAUCUCACUGUGGAAGUACUAAUUGUAUUUGGAUUAUUGCCAGCAUUGGGAGUUCGUAGUGUUGGACCUGCUUCUUUUUCCUCUAAUAGGCAGUGGAUCUAGCAGACUUUUACUUUUGGUUUGUACACUGCACAAGGGAUGAAGCAUCCUGUGCACUGACCUGCCCUAACCUGUGUCCUUGCCUGUGGGACCCAGUGACCAUGCUGACCGAGUGUCCAACACGACAAAGAUCAGAGACCCGACCCGUGCUAAGGCCUGCUGUCUCCACUGCAGCACCAUGUCUCAAGCAGUCGCGGCUCCACUCGAGACCAACAGCUCACUAUCAGGAGAAGCGCCUGAGGUUCGGCUGAAAUGGGCAGCCCUGCUUACUGUCAUCGUCAUCAUACCGACUAUUGGAGGAAACAUCCUGGUCAUUUUAGCUGUGUCACUCGAAAGAAAGCUGCAGAACGCCACCAACUACUUUCUGAUGUCGCUGGCCGUGGCUGAUCUGCUGGUUGGACUCCUAGUGAUGCCCAUUGCCCUUGCUACUAUUCUAUACAACUCUCUCUGGCCUCUUCCAGAUUACCUCUGCCCCAUUUGGCUGUUCCUUGACGUGCUGUUUUCUACUGCAUCCAUCAUGCAUCUAUGUGCCAUUUCACUGGAUCGCUACAUUGCCAUCAAGAGGCCAAUCCAACACAGCCAGUACAAAUCCAGAGCCAAAGCGAUGGUGAAGAUUGCACUGGUGUGGCUCAUAUCCAUUUGUAUUGCUAUCCCGAUCCCGAUUAAAGGGCUUGAGAGCUACCAUAUUUCCAACAACAUAACCUUUAACAGUAACCACACAUGCCUGCUGAGAACAGACACUUUCCAGGAGUUCAUCAUCGUUGGGUCCUUGGUGGCAUUCUUUAUCCCUCUGACUAUCAUGAUGGUCAUCUACCUACUGACUGUCAAGGUGCUGCGCAAAAAAGUUUAUUUGCUUAGGUCAAAGGUGACUCAGCGCUAUAGCUACCCAGCAGUCUCCACAGUUUUUCAAAGGGAACAGGGUGUGACUCCACCUCAAGCUGAGCAAGUGAACAUGCUGGACAGCAAACUUCCCAGGAUACAAGAGAAACCAAACACAGGCACAACAAACUCUCCUACAGGAGAAGAAAUGUCUUUUCGGAGAAUGUCAACUAUGGGCAAGAAGUCAAUGCAGACUCUGAGCAAUGAACAGCGUGCCUCAAAAGUGCUAGGCAUAGUCUUCCUCCUGUUCGUAGUCAUGUGGUGCCCUUUCUUCAUUACCAAUAUCACCUCUGCACUAUGCACCAGCUGUGAUAAAGAUGUUAUCAAAUGCCUCAUGGAGAUCUUUGUUUGGGUGGGUUAUGUGUCCUCAGGUAUCAACCCACUGGUCUACACCCUAUUCAACAAAACUUACAGGCAAGCGUUCACACGUUACAUCACUUGUAAUUACAGAAACUGUGCCAGUCUCAAGCCAGGAAGGCACUCGAGGGCAUUAAAUACAGAUCGGAACCUUACACGGAUUUCAUUCAGAUCUUCCAUGGCGGAAAACUCUAAACUGUUCAUGAAACGGGGAAUGAGGAAUGGCAUUGGACCUGUGAACUACCAAAGUCCACUGAGGUGCCGGCAUGCAUCUGUUCAGUCAUCCAGUGGGCUUGUGUUAGACACAAUGCUUCUGACUGAAAACGAAGGUGGCAAGCAAAGGGAACAUGUUAGCUGUGUAUAGACACACCUGACAAAUGAAAUGAACAAUUAAAAAGAGAGCACUUGAAGUGGAUUAGAUUCAAGGUGCAUCAAAUGCUCAGAAUGCAUGAUUGGAAUCUGCUGUUACUGUCAAUUUGACUGACCAAUCAUUUGAUGUCAGUACUGCGUGUACACUACACAACAAUAAAAUUUACCCUGUUGUUGUCUGUCAAAAGCAAGCCAGGGUAACAUUCAUGAUCAAUUAUGAUCAUUUCAGAAAAACGCUUAUUUUCAACCAUAAUCAAACUCCUGUUAUAUAUGUGAAUUUAUAAGGUCAAAAUAUUACUCAGUGGAGGUUCAGGACAGGUCAUGUGAACAAUGUGAAUUCUACAAAGACAGUUCAUAGCAUACCAGUAGAGAGGUUGAGUUUUCAAAUGUUAUAAAACUGUAAUUUUAAGAUGGCCUGCUUAAAACUUAAAACAACAACAACAACAAAAUAUAUCCAAUAUGAAAAGGUCAAAAGCUGGUGUUGACGAAGUUCAGGCCACUAGGCAAAAAUGUGAUGAAUGAACACUUAAUGAUACUCUGCAAGCUCUCACAAUAUAUUCCUAUCUUGACACUCUCAACUUGGGCUAUUUGAAUAUGCAGUAAACCAUCUCAGACCAUAUGCUUAUAUUUUAAUAAGACAACUAGAACCCUACCUUUUAAAUCUCUUCUUAACAUACAAUUAUAAUGCCUUGCACUCUUGAAAUCAUCCUUAUUGUAUUUGCUGGACCUUUAGAAAGCACUCUUGUAUAUGUAUUGCUGCCUGAUGUUUUGAUAUGUUAAAGGUUUCCAAAUAAAAAAAAUGUAUGUAAGAAAGAACAAAACCCAGACUAAGUGGAAACCUCAAUGUGUUCAAUAAAGUAUUUUCAGUGUUGCUGAAGUGAAAGAAAA